UCUCAUUCAGCAAUAUCACCCUUGUGAAACCGUCCUGUGGGCCUGUUGCUCUUUCGUUUCACACACAUUUGAGAUCAACAUCUCUAUCUCCACUCACUCAAAUGUUAUAAAGAAAAUCUGAUCUUUUCAUUUUUUUUAUUGGAGGAGAUGAAAGAGGAGAAGAGAUAAGCAAAGGUCUCAGAUCUCUCUAUAUUCUCGCUCGCUUCUUUUCUCCUACAUUUUCCCAAGAAACCUUUUCUAAACCUUGAAUCAAGAAUGGCUGAACCUAAAAGGUACAUUACAUCAGAGGAGCUGAAAGCCCACAACAAAAGUGGGGAUCUUUGGAUCUCAAUCCAGGGGAAAGUGUAUGACGUCUCAGAAUGGGUGAACCAUCAUCCAGGGGGUGAGUUACCGCUCUUAAAUCUUGCAGGUCAAGAUGCAACUGAUGCAUUUGUUGCCUAUCAUCCGGGCACCGCCUGGCAGUUUCUUGACAAAUUCUUUAAUGGGUUUUACUUGAAAGACUAUUCUGUAUCUGAAGUGUCCAAAGAUUACAGGAAGCUUGUGUAUGAGUUCUCAAAGAUGGGCCUUUUUGAGAAGAAAGGUCAUGGGGUUUUCAUUUCCAUGUGUUUUAUGGCAAUGAUGUUCCCUCUGAGUGUUUAUGGUGUUGUUUGCUGUGAGGGCGUGUGGCUGCAUUUGCUUUGUGCUUGUUUAAUGGGGUUUCUCUGGAUCCAGAGUGGUUGGAUUGGGCAUGAUUCUGGGCAUUAUCAGGUUAUGCUCACUCCUAAACUUAACAGAUUUGUGCAGAUUCUUUCAGGGAAUUGUCUCGCAGGCAUAAGCAUUGGGUGGUGGAAGUGGAACCACAAUGCUCACCACAUUGCUUGCAAUAGUCUAGACUAUGAUCCUGAUCUUCAGCACAUGCCUUUUUUUGCCGUAUCUUCCAAGUUUUUCAACUCGUUGACUUCUUACUUUUAUGAGCGGACAAUGUAUUUCGAUUCUGUUGCUAGGUUCUUGGUUAGCAAUCAGCACUGGACAUUUUAUCCUGUCAUGUGUAUUGCUAGGAUUAAUCUGUUUGCACAAUCAAUCAUUUUGCUCUUGUCUAAGCGGAAAGUGCCCCAUAGGGUUCAGGAGCUUUUAGGUUUGCUGGUGUUCUGGAUCUGGUACCCGUUGCUUGUUUCUUGUUUGCCCAAUUGGGGUGAAAGAGUGAUGUUUGUUGUUGCUAGCUUCUCUGUCACUGGUAUUCAGCACGUUCAGUUCUGUUUGAACCACUUUUCGUCUAGCAUUUAUGUCGGUCCACCUCGUGGAAACGAUUGGUUUGAGAAGCAAACGGAUGGCACGCUCGACAUAAAGUGUUCAUCUUGGAUGGAUUGGUUUCAUGGUGGAUUGCAGUUUCAGGUGGAGCACCAUUUGUUUCCUCGGUUACCUCGCUGCCAGCUGAGGAAGAUCUCCCCCUUGGUCAAGGAGCUUUGCAAGAAGCAUGGAUUGCCUUACAAUUCUGCGUCGUUCUGGGAGGCCAACGCCAUGACAAUUCGGACACUGAGAAACGCCGCCCUCCAGGCCAGGGAUUUCACCAAGCCCAUACCCAAGAACUUAGUCUGGGAAGCAGUCAACACUCAUGGUUGAAUGGUGGAAUUUUGCAGUGGUUAUAUUGCUUUCUGAAUGUUGUGUAGGUACAACAAUUGAGCAUUGUCUCUCCAUUGUUAUUAGGAUGUCUUGGUACAUGUAAUAUUUCAUUAAAAGCAAACCAUAUGUAUGUCAUCUAGCAUUUUUCAAUCAUGGACCUGUUUGUUUCUGAUCCUUAUAA